AUGGCAGUGGCUUGGGAGGAGUAUUUCCGGCUGGUCUUCGGAGAGAAGGUGCUCCCGAAGCCACUGGAGCAGACUGGGGAUGGCAGUUCUGCCUUGCAACUUAUAUUGGAGAAGAAGUUAGAGCUAGCGACUGCAGACCAGGGUUUGCAGGCCCAGAAGAAGGAAUUCCGCAGCACAAUGCAGUCGGUGAACCAGCGCUGGACAGAGCUGGAGCAGAAAGGGCAGGCGCUAAAGGGCUCCGUCAUCUGCUUUGACAAACUCCGGAAGGAAACUGAGACCCGGCUUGCGGUGCGGAAAGCCGUAGAGGAGCGGCACAGAACGCGCAACCUGGACGGAGAGCUGCUGCGGCUGCGUGCACAGCUGAAGCAACUGCGGCUGCAACGUGCAAGGCUACAGCGCAAAGUGCAGCGCCUGGAGCCCUGCGCGCGCGUGCUGGAGAGCGCCCUGGAGCUGCGGCCGGUGUUUCAGGAGGUUUCCGACCUGGUGGCGCGCUUCGAGAGCCUGGUAGACACACAGGAGGCACUGAAGCUGGCCGAGCAAAAACGACAGGUGGAGAUGGAGGAGACCCGCGCGAAGCUGCGUAAUCUGCGGAAAGCGAAGCAGGAUGAGAUGCUCCGUCUGAGCCAGCAGCGUACGCAACUGUGCGCGCGGCUGGAGGCAGCGCGCGAGCUCACACAGCAGUGGGAAUCCAAGUGGACUGAAAUUCAGAACGCAGCAUCGGAAAAGACGCUGCUCCUGGGACGCGCUAGGAUGGCUGUGCUCAACCUGUACCAGCUUGUUCGCCUGAAACGGGGUCGGAAGCAAAUCCUGGACAUGGAGGACAUAGAGGGGCAGCUGGAGGAGGUGAAGCUGUUUAUCGUGAGCGUGUCCGCCACACUGGCCAACUGUUCUGAGGCUAAGCCCGCAAAUACUGCCCCCUAA